AUGUCUCCCUAUAUUCUCUCUGGCACUCUCUUCGCCUUAGCGCUGCCUCUUGUCCUCUUAAUCAAAGCAGUUUUAUCCUCUAAAUCCAUCGCAGGCCAAGUCUCCGCCAGGCCCUUCAAGCCACCGAAGGGAUGGUGGACUGAUACCAAACGAUUUGGUGUUGAACAGCGGGCCAUCUUCAGCCAGAGCUGGAUUUGCGUCAGCCAUCGCAGUCGGUUCUCAAAGGCUGGCGACUAUAUCGCAUUUGAGAUUGCCGGCUUCAAACUCCUCCUUAUGCUAGGCAAGGACGAUGUGGUACGAGCAUUCCACAACGUCUGUCGGCAUCGUGCAUUUCCAGUUACUAGAAAGCCUUCUGGUUCAGCUUCUAUACUUGGCUGCAAGUACCAUGGGUGGAGCUACAAUAAUAAAGGAGAACUUACAAAGGCUCCCCACUUUGAAGAUGUGAUUGGUUUUGACAAGACCCAGAAUGGCCUUUUCCCUGUCCACGCCAAGAUUGAUGAUGAUGGAUUUCUACACAUCAACCUGAACAGUAGCCCAGAAGCAGGCGAGACCAAGCUUAAGAGGACGAGGAGUAUCGGAAGGCCAGCACCUACUUGCCAGACCCAACAAUAUCUUGGAUCUUGGGAAGUAAAAGGGAAGUUCAACUGGAAGGUUCCCGGGAAUGCUUUCGACAGGGAAACGUCAUCUGCUCACCUCAAAAGUUCUUUAUGGCGCUUAUUCGGCCCUUCUGCAGCUGGAAAGCUUCGUUUCAGCCCUCUCACCACCGUCUAUUCGCGUCAGGGAAGUCCUAUCUGGUAUCAGCUCACGUAUUCUCCGGAAUCUGUCAGACGAACCACCGUCCGAUGCGACGUGUACUCAAUGUCAAAGCAAGAUAGCUCCGACUUUGAGAAACGCCUGAAGCCUGAUCUGGAGCUUGAGAUCAAUUCGAUUGUACGAAGCCAUGAAGAGUUGUAUGAAAUGCUCGUAACCUCAGCCCAUUCACUCUAUUAUGAUGGAGAUGAGCAUGCUACAUUGGCUGAUAUGGUGGAUAAACACGCCAAAAGAGAAAAGAGCGAAGGGGCAGAGAUCAAGCCGGCUGCAGUUAAUCAGUGUCGAAGUAAUGGUUAUGCAAAAGCCGGAGGAAGUAAGUUCAAUAUCACUAAGCUUUUUACUACUGGAUGA